CUACACCGCAAAGUCUACCAAUUCUUCUUCAACUCUGUGUUCUUCUUCUUCUCCUCACACAUUCCACUCGCAGAGAGAGAGAGAGAGAGAGAGAAAGAGAAAUUCAUCAAUCAAUCAUGUCGGACGAAGAGCAUCACUUCGAUUCUCAAGCAGAUGCCGGAGCUUCCAAAACCUACCCUCAGCAGGCCGGUACCAUUCGCAAAAACGGUUACAUCGUCAUCAAAUCCAGGCCUUGCAAGGUUGUUGAAGUUUCUACUUCAAAAACAGGAAAGCAUGGACAUGCUAAGUGUCACUUUGUUGCAAUUGAUAUUUUCAACGGGAAGAAGCUUGAAGAUAUCGUUCCUUCAUCCCACAAUUGUGAUGUUCCACAUGUGAAUCGUACUGACUAUCAGCUGAUUGAUAUCUCUGAAGAUGGUUUUGUGAGUCUGUUGACUGAUAAUGGAAGUACCAAGGAUGAUCUGAAGCUUCCCACAGAUGACGCCCUGCUUACUCAGAUUAAAGAGGGGUUUGCUGAAGGAAAAGAUCUUGUCGUUUCUGUCAUGUCCGCAAUGGGAGAAGAACAGAUAUGUUCCUUGAAGGACAUUGGUCCUAAAAAUUAAAAUGUUGCUCUGGUUGUGGCUAUGGACGAUGGCACAAAUUUUCUUCUUAUGUUUCUUCUUAUGUUGCUAACAGGUAGUAUUUUUUCUUAUGCAUGUAUGCAAAAUAAACUUGAAAAAAUGCAAACUGCCUUGAGCUUGAACCUCAUAAAGCUUGAGAUGGGGAAACUGGCACCAUAUUUAGCUUUCGUCCUUUUAAUUAUUGAACCCUGCGGUUUUGGCCGGAUGAAUUUAUCAUAAAUGUUCCUUUUAACUUUAUGUUUUUAUUGAGAUUGAUAUUGAACCCUACUCUCCUCUUAA